AUGUCCAAGUAUCGGGUCACACACAAAAUAGGAACCCCGUACCAUGCCCAAACUAGUGGGCAAGUCGAAGUGGCCAACCGGGAAUUAAAACGAAUUCUUGAAAAGACAGUUAGUGUUUCUCGUAAAUAUUGGUCUGACAAGUUGGAUGAAGCACUAUGGACAUAUAGAAUUGCGUUCAAAACAACCAUAGGGACUUCGCCAUUCAAAUUAGUGUAUGGUAUGUCGUGUCACCUACCUGUUGAGAUAGAACAUAAGGCUUAUUGGGCAAUUAAGGCGCUUAAUCUUGAUCUUAGUCUUGCAGGUGAUCACAUGUUGGAGCAGAUGAAUGAAUUGGAAGAGUUCAGACUGGACGGAUAUAAAAGUGCGCGGAUCUUCAAGUAA